UUCCACCACCAUGGGUGCAUCUCAUGUGUUUCCUUGAUUCCUCUUUCUUAACCGCCUCUUUAAACUGUGUUGGAGGUGAGGACGCGAGGAAUCAAUUAAAUACUAUUGAGAUUUUACCUCCAUGAUCUCAAUUCAGAGUUUCCUGAAAGGAGUGGAUGAUGUGAGAGGGUCAGGGAUAGCCUACUUCGCGGUAGUAACGGUAACUUGGCAACUGCAAAGUUAAUGGGUGAUAUUUAAAGGGCUGGUCGUGGAUCCCUCCCCCAGGUUUCAUACAGGUUGUAUUCACUCGCUCUCUGGUUCUGCAGCAUAUCAACGGGCAGGAGAGGUUUGCUUCUGACAGUGACUGACGGAAGUAUUUCCCAUUUCAGUUUUUCACGGAGUGAGGUACAAGGUCACUAUGGGUACCAGCUCCUCAUCAUACGCCCCCAAGACAGUCUACCUAGAUGUGGAUGGCAAAAUGCAGAAGGUGAUUUUCAGUCGAUACUGCAGCCCCUGUGACAUCCGAGAACUACUGUGUUCUUCCUCUAACAUAGCCAGAAAUACUGCUAUAAGGCUGGUGGACUCGGAGGGAGCGCUGGUCUCCAUCGAUCCCACAAUGCCUACCAACACCCCAAACUCCCAGUACAAGGUAAUGCCUCAGUCGACUGGUCAGGUGGGAGACAAAGAAGACAUGUUCCAGAAUGUUUUGUCUCAGGUGGCAGAGCAAUUUAGCAGGGCUUUCAGAAUCAAUGAGUUGAAGACAGAGGUGACCAAUAGGCUUGCCAUGUUGGAGAAGAGAGUGGAGUUAGAGGGGCUUAAAAUGGUGGAGAUUGAGAAGUGCAAGAACGACCUGAGGAAAUUACGGGAUGAGAUGACCUCAAAGGGAGGAGGAAGAGUGACUUGUGGUUGCAAAUAUAGCUUCACAGAGGACGGCAAGAAACUCUCCCCAAGACGAGACGUUCCAAAUUACCCAAAGUAUACUCUAUCCCAGGAGACCAUAGAAGCUCUGAAGAAACCUACAUUUGAUGUUUGGCAUUGGGAGCACAAUGAGAUGUUAAGCUGUCUGGAGUACAUGUAUCAUGAUCUGGGCCUGGUGAAGGAAUUUAAUAUGAACCCCAUCACACUGAAACGAUGGCUGCUGGGAAUCCAGGAGAAUUACCGCAACAACCCGUUCCAUAACUUCCGCCACUGCUUCUGUGUCAGUCAGAUGAUGUAUGGAAUGAUUCACCUGUGCAACUUACAAGAGAGGCUCACCAUGACUGACAUGUGCAUCCUCAUGACAGCUGCCGUGUGUCACGACCUAGAUCACCCAGGCUACAACAACACGUACCAGAUAAACGCUCACACAGAGCUGGCGGUGCGCUACAACGACAUCUCGCCCCUGGAGAACCAUCACUGUGCUGUGGCCUUCCAGAUCAUCUCCAUGCCAGAGUGUAACAUCUUUGCCAACAUAGAAACGGAGGCCUUCAAACACCUCAGACAGGCUAUCAUCACUCUCAUCUUAGCCACAGAUAUGGCCAGACACGGUGAGAUACUGGACUCCUUCAAGCAGAACGUGGAUAACUUUGACUUCACCAACCACAAGCAUGUGACAUGUCUAAAGCUGGUGUUGAUCAAGUGCUGUGACAUCUCCAAUGAGGUGAGACCCACGGAGGUGGCCGAGCCCUGGCUAGACUGCCUGCUGGAGGAAUACUUUAUGCAGAGUGACAGAGAGAAAUCUGAGGGUCUCCCAGUAGCUCCGUUCAUGGAUCGGGACAAAGUGACCAAACCCACCGCUCAGAUUGGCUUCAUCAAAUUCGUCCUCAUUCCCAUGUUUGAGACUGUUAUGAAGCUUUUUCCCCAGAUUGAGGAGAUUAUGGUGCAGCCUUUGCGGGAUUCUCGAGACCACUAUGAAGAACUUAAACAGAUUGACGAUGCCAUGACUGAGGCACAGAAGAAAAAAACUGAGAGCAAGUCAUUAGGAGGAAAGAAGAAAUAAACUUUUCCUGCAAACUCAUUGGUGCCUUGUAAGUUUAAACGUUAGAUAGAUGUGACGUGCCCUCCUCUUUCACUCUCUGACCAAACUUUAUCCCACUAAUGAUGUAGUUUACGUUUAUCCCAACAUGAACAGGAUAUUUAGAGGGGGACCUGAUCCUAAAUGAACACUUCUACUCUGAGACAUGCAGCCCAUACAGCAUUGGUAGGCCCUAGACUGGUUUCAAUAGUAAGUGUCAUGUGCCAUCUAGUGGUCAUACCAGUGUUACCAUAAGGUUUAUUAGGCUUCAGAUUAAGUAAAUGUAUGAACUUCAAAGGCUUGUGAAAGUGCACAGGGUUUUUGAUGCUGCUUUACAAUAAAUAUUGAGGGUCUUAUUCUACUAAUAUGAUGAUUGAUGCUUGACAUCCAUUUGACAAAUAAACAUUCUCGCUCUUAUCCAUAAUAAUCUUGCCAGGUAAAUGCAGGUGCCUAGAGUAGGCACAUUUGCUAUUUAACUGAACUUUUUUUUUGGACAAAACUAUCAGUAGAGUUUCAAAAUGCAAUGGAAACACAUUGAACUUCAGAUUUUUAUUCGGUACAUGAAAAUGGCUUUUUGUGUCACCACGGAAAGCCAAAAACUCCGCUCAUGCAAACCUGGUGAUUAGAUGGUCCUGUGUAAAUUAUAUUUUCAACCAGAAACUAUCAGGAAAUAACACUGAUGUAUGUUUUUCCAAUGAUUAAACCAAUGUUUGUUUAAUCAGCUCUUGUACAAUAUCAUACACAACAAAUGUAAUUUUGACUGCACUGGGUCUUUAAAUCAACUCAUGUUACAUAGCAGUAUUGCUGAUUUAUCAUAUGAUUGUUAAUUGUUAUGACAUUCUAUAAAAGGUAAAGCUUUUAUACUAACUAUUUUAGAAGGCAUAUUGACAUGGCUGUUCUAUUGUAGAGGAGUGUGUGUGUGUGUGUGUGUGUGUGUGUAAUAGGUCUACCUCACCCCACCCCUCUCUUUUGACACCUAGUUCUGUGUGACCUUUGGUACUCCAGCAGAUGCAUAUUAUGCAAUCUUUUCCUCUUAUCCUGUUCUCCUCAUUUGACCCUUGACCUGAAGUAGAAAUAAUCCAGGAUCACAACUCUGGGGGCUGAGAUCUGUUGUGUCCUAAUCAUGUACUUUCCUCCCCCUUGAAUUGCAUGUGUUGAUAUAUCAGCGGUGGCUGGUGUCACUUUAAAUCGAAGGAUAUGUUCAUUUUAAUGGCUAACAUUCCAUUCAAGCCAUUGUUAUGAGCCGUCUUCCCUUUACCAACCUCCACUGUUAAAUGUAUUAUCUGUAUAUUAAUCGGCCUUUGAAUAAGAUCCCAUUGAUGGAUGGCUAUGUCGAUAACGCCUCACUUUACAAUGUAGAUCUUCUGUUGUUCAUAAUGAUAGUCUUAUCACACAAUAACCCUCGUUCCCAAUUAACUGGUUAUGUCCACCUCUGUUUUCUGGCUUUAGAGACCUCGGAUGGUGUUUCCAUUCCGAGGGGGAAGCAAGGCGUCUGCCUGAGCCUGAGCAACCGUCUUGGCUUGGUUUUGGCCAUAGAAAGGGAGACUCCACCCCUAAUACCACAACUUCCUGUAGUUAUAUAGUUAUGUAGCCAGCCCAGGCAAGUAGGGUGGAGAAAAAUACAAAUUAACCAAUCAGCACCUUCCCUCUCUCCUUAGCCCCUCCCAACAUAAAGUGAGAAGAGGAGAGAAGACGGCAGUGAUAUUGUUUGACCUUAGGGGUGGCAACACUGGGGCUGGUGUUGUUUCUUCUUGUUACUUUUGCACAAGGUUUUCUUUUGGUAGAGAAGGAUGAAACAUUUAGGGACAAAUAUGAAGAGAUUGUGUCUUCUAAAUUAGUAUGCCGAGGUAGGUUAAAUAAUAGUAUUUAUAAUAUGGAUAGUAUUUACAAAGGGCAUUUCAUUGUAUGGGGCUAACGUGUACUGUACCUCAGCCACCUUAUGGGAAUUUUAAAGACAAAGUUGGAGAUUAGGGACAUAUAGCAGGUCGGAAGUAUUUUAACUUAGCCAAUUUUGUAGAAACCACUACAUGAUUUACAGUGAAGGGACAAAUACAUUUCUACCAGUGUAUAUUCUGACACGUGCGUGUAUGACUUUGCAUAUCAAAUAAAAUUGCAAUACUUAUUGGC